UUAAAGCACUGUAGAAGCAAGUGACAUCUUAAUCUUUGUUAUUUUUAUUCUUGAAUUGAUGAGUGAUUGUGAACAUUGUAAAAUGUCAUGCAUUACAAUAAACUAUCUUUUAAACAGUGAUAGAAGCAAGUUUGAAAAACAUCAAAGUGGAUCAAUAAUGUUAAAAAUGAUUCAUACUAUUAAAAUAUAGCUUUGAAAUAUAUUGAACUGCAAAGGAAAAUCCAAAUUGUAUGGAUAUGAGGCUUUUCUUAAAAUGGUUCUCCAGGCUACAUGAAGUGCUACCUACAAAAGAGAUGAAAGAAAUACAGAAAUUUCUGAAGCAAGUAAGGGCUCUUAUGAGUAAUGAAUACAUUAUAAUUUCAUUUCUUUGAUGAGCAACUAUUUUAACAACUGACAAUGGAUAUAUCACUUAAUUCAUAUGUUUCACCUGAAAAUUCUCAUCUUGAUGAAAAUCAGGGAUCAGUACAAACUUUAGAAAAGUAUAAUCUGGAUUGUCAGCAGAAAACAGCUGGACCUCCUCUCAUAACAGACUUACCAUCUGAAGUAAUUCAACAUAUUUUACGGAAUCUCUCCUUUGAUACUAUUUCAAAACUAAGAAUGGUGUCCAAAUCUUUCAAUGAAAUAUGUUCAGCUCUUUUGAAUUCUGAAUUUAAUCAUUUACGAACUAUAAUGUUGCAAAAGUUCCAAGCUAUAAAGGCACUGAUGCCAAGAAGAGAAUCUGCUAGAAGGAAGCAUCCCUUAGCUCGAGAAAGUGAUAUCAUUGAAACAUUACAUAUGAGACUAUCCUUACUACAUAUGACCUUUGGGAAGCACAUUGAACGAAAUUAUUGUUGUUUCUUCCCUGGAGAAAUUAUUGAUGAAAUCUACAGAAUUCUAAGAUACAUGAAAGACAACCCAUGUCUUAAUCGUGCAUAUAAAGUGACUGAUGAGCUUUUUGAUUUGUCGACAAUGGCUAUGGAAUACUUUAAAGAACAUAUUGAACCAUCUCUACCCGAAAUUCCAUUCUUAGCUCAUGAUUUAUUUGAACAUUCUUUUAUUCAUCCUAAGUCAGAAUUGUCCUUUCAAGGAGCUCAGCUAUUGCUGGAAAGUACAAAUAUCAGAAAAGAAACUGAUCAACCUAAAAAUGAUGAUUCUGUAAUGAAAUUUCAGAAGCAAUUGAAAAGUACUAGAGACAUGGCAAAAAGGAACAGACGUGAUAUCAUAAAGAUAAAACAGUCCUUAAAGUGUGCUAAGAAAAGAGUCAGUACAGUGAUCAAAGAACUCCAAGAAAUCAAAUGGCAACACAAAAAUUGCAAAAAGGGUUUAUUUCCCGAAUAUUGUAGUUUAAAUGACAUUUUGUUUGACAUAAAAAGACAGAAGCAGGAAUUAUUAAAAUUAGCCUGUUUAUCAAAUUGUGCAAACAAUAAAUCAAGUGUGCCAGAACUUUUACCUGAAAAAAGUUAUUCUAAUUCUGACCAGAGUUCAUAUGAGGGAAUUCCUUCUGGCAUUGACAAAACUUCAUGUUUUUCACUAAACAAGUUUGCAACUACUGUAACUUGCUUUCUUGAUGAUGGAAAGAAUGAAAUCACUGAUUGUUCUUUAAAAGUGCCUGAAAAAAGCCAACUACAUAUCAGCAAUGAAAAUUCUAAUACAACUAAAGACUGACAGAUCAGCAACCAAAAUGUGAUAGUGACUGAAGAGAGCAAUAUAUUUCUUUUGUACAAAUACUUACUGUCCUUUAUUUUUUUGCUUUCUGUAGCAAUUUUCUGUACAGAUUUUGGAAAUGGUUAUUUAUUUUUUAAGGUAAAAAGGGUUUAAUAUCAGUUGAUAUAGUGAUUGUUUGAUAGAAAUUGUACUCUAUUAUCUUUAAAUGUAUGCUUUGCAUAAAAUUAUUUUCUACACUAUUAUAUAUAUUUCAUUUGGAACUGAUGGAUGUAAUGUGUUUCAUUUUAU